AUGCCCAAGCGGAGACAGCGCCAGUCACUAGACGCAGAGGACGCAGAGACAUUGGCGAAACGGACCAGGCACAAUACCCCAAUCAAAACAACAACAGCAACAUCAGCAGGCAGGAAAAAUAGCAAUGCCAAAUACUUCACAACAACACAGGGCCAGAAGCUGCCAAUUGAACUGAAAAAGUACUGGAAUAACCGGUAUUCAUUCUUCAACCGCUUCGACGAGGGGAUCCAGAUCGACGAGGAGGGCUGGUAUUCUGUCACGCCCGAGGUCAUUGCUGAGGAUACAGCACAGCGCAUAUCGCAGCUGUUCAAUCGGAAUACCGAGUUUAAAACGAAGAAGGGCGAGGAAUUGUAUGGGCGGUUUUGCGUAAUCGAUGCCUUUUGUGGCGUAGGAGGCAAUGCGAUAAAGUUUGCCGAGUGGUGUGAGCACGUCAUUGCCAUCGACAUUGAUCCCGUGCGGCUGGCCAUGGCGCAGCACAAUGCCGAGGUUUACGGCGUCAGCGACCGUAUCGAGUUUAUUUUGGGAGACUUUUACGAGCUGGCGCCGUCACUUGUGGCUGACGUCGUGUUUAUGAGCCCGCCAUGGGGCGGUCCAGAAUACCUUGGAUCGGAAGUGUACGACUUGAAGCAUAUGCCGUUCCAUAGCGGGCAAGAGUGGGUGGACCGAGCACGCAUGGUCUCCAGCAACAUUGCCUACUUUAUGCCCCGCAACUGCGACCCCAGACAGCUGGCUGAUCUUUUUCCAGGGGUUCCUUGCGACAUUGAGAUGAACUACACGGGUAAUUUCUUCAAAGCGAUUACAGCGUACUACAGCGACCUGGCGACGUUCGGAAGCUGUGGACCACGCAUUUUAAAGAUGUGA